CUCGCCGCUGGUGAUCGUGCCAAUGGUGUCUGGAUCGGUGAAGAGCGAACCGGGUUUUGAGCCAAAGCUUGAUGCUGAACUACACGGCGUAGGAUACGACUACAUCCACAACGACGCCGACGGCAAAAACAUGCGCCUCGACGUCCGUAGCCAAGUCAAGAACAACGACGGCACCGUCUUCGCCAUGUACUACAAAGGCACCGUCGCGCUGACCCCCGGCGUCCAGGCCAUCCUGGGCGGCGGUGCGGACGCCCAUACGACGCCCUACGGCGACUCGUUCGUGACGUUCUCGUUCGAGACUGGGAGCGAGGCGUACAAGGAGUUGCAGAAUGGGACGUACGUUGCGGCGGGGCACUUUGUCACUAACGAGGAGGGGGUGAAGGGGGUGGUGGUGGAGUAUAAAGUGAGUAGGGUUGUUAAGGGAUGAGGGAAAGUGUGUGCGGAUGGGUGAUGAGGGAUGGGGGUAUGUAGAUAUUAGGUGAAUGGUAUUCCUGAUUUUCUGAUUUGUGUCUUUUGGGGGUAGUAGGUGGAGGUUGGAGUGUGCGUUUGUGAUGAAAAGAUGAUGGACGGAAGUGGUGCGAGUACAUACUGCUUACUGGAUCUUACUUGUAUUCAUUGUUCAGCGAAUGACAUGGAGCUUGUUUGAACGUGUUCCUAGCAGUUCAAUGGGUUGUAAGGAGGAGAGGAGAUAACAGUAGAACCUCUUCUGUAUUUCCUUUAUCCAACCAUUCAACCCUAAGACAAGCGGUUGGCUUAUCAUGUUCACCUUUUAGAAUAGGAGCGCUUAACGAUGGAGCAAAAGGGCCAUAUUGACAUCGAAAAUGAGUGAUACGAUUCUCGACCGAGAAUCAGCGCCUAAUGGCAAUAGAAGAGGCAUUGA